AUGGAGGAAGAAGCCUUAAACGAGAUCACAGUUAUGAUCGUUGGUGCUGGACUUGGUGGAGUGCUGCUGGCGAUACUACUUGAAAGACUGGAUAUCAGCUACUGCAUCUUUGAAAGAGCACAUUCUGUCAAAACCUUGGGAUCAGCCAUGUCCAUGAAUGCCAAUAUCAUGCCAGUGUUCGAACAAUUAGGACUACUGGAGGAGAUCAAGAAAAUAUCUAAGCCAUGUGAAAGUAUCAAACUGCACGAUAUUCAUAUGAAAGAAUUAGUCGAGUUUGCCAUGAGCAGUUACCAAGACUUAACUGGUUACCAACCUGUUGUCUUUGCCCGCCCGCGCCUUUACAAUCUUUUGAUAUCCCAAAUCCCUUCUCACAAGAUCCUCAGAGGCAAGAAGGUGCUAUCUUUUGAGGAGAACGAAGACCAUGUUCUCAUUAGUUGCUCCGAUAACUCGCAAUAUCGAGGCGACAUCCUUGUUGGAGCAGAUGGCGCAUACUCAGGCGUGCGACAGUGUCUUUUCAAGAAACUUGAACGCGAGGGUUCCCUACCUCGGAGUGACACGCAAGGCAUGACAAUCGGAUAUGUCUGCACGGUCGGAACCACCGAAUCCAUCGAUCCAGAAAAAUACCCCUGCCUGAGGGACAAUGCAACGAGGUUUUCUCAAGUCCUUGGAAAGGAUCUGUUUAAUUAUACAACAGCUACGGUACCUGAUAAUCAAAUCUGCUGGGCUUUGGUGAUGCAACACAAAAAAGAAGGCGAGGGCAAAGAAUUGGCAUUCAGGAACUCAGAAUGGGCGCCGGAAUCGGUUGAGACGUCACUGAAGGACUUUUACAACUUCCCAUGCCCUUUCGGCGGGUCGAUGAAGGACAUCAUCGAUGCGACACCCAAAGAAUGCAUAUCCAAGGUCUUCCUGGAAGAGAAAAUCAUGGAAACGUGGUACCAUGGACGAGUUGUUCUCAUCGGCGAUGCAUGUCAUAAGAUGCUUCCUGCUGCUGGACAAGGUGCUGUGAAUGCAAUGCAGGAUGCGGUUGUCUUGGCUAAUUGCCUGUAUGACCUGAGAUCCACAAAGCUUGAAGACAUCAUUGCUUCAUUCAAGGAGUAUCGCGAUCAACGCUACCCUCACGCUAGAGCACAAUUUGACAACAGCCGGCUUGUAGCAAAACUCACAUGCGGCCAAAGCGUUUCCGAUAGGAUCCUUCGCCAUAUGAUAUUCAAGGUUCUGCCAGAGUCUGUCCAAAGACGCAAGUACAUGAAGGUCGCAAGCUAUCGUCCGCAAGCGUGUUUUCUACCACUAGUCGAUAAUCGCGGGCAAGGGCCGGUCCUGCCGCAGAAGGCAUCCUGGAGACGACAACGCGAGCUCGAGAAGCGGGAACGACAAACUGCUCUUGAACGGCCUACAGCUAUAUGA